UUUGCAGCCGGGGGAAAGAUGGCUGGAGCUGCUGCAGCAGCUGCAGGGCGAUGCAUGGGGCGGUGCAUGGGACGGUGCAUGGGACCACCGGGCUGGAGGCCCAACCGGGCCCCGUACUCGGGGUUGGCGGCCGGGCCCGGGUCCCGGAGGGGUGGGCAGCUCCUGGGGGCGGCCUUCGCCCUGGGAAGCGCCUGGGGCCUCUACCAGACCUUGCAUUUCCACCGGGGGUCCCGGGACCACCGCGCCGAGCAAGCCAGCCUGCAGCAGCACACGGAGGGCCGGCUGCAGCUCACCCUGUACCAGUACAAGACCUGUCCCUUCUGCAGCAAAGUGCGGGCCUUCCUGGACUUCCACGGGCUGCACUACGACGUGGUGGAGGUCAACCCGGUCAUGAGGCAAGAGAUCAAGUUCUCCUCCUACAGGAAGGUCCCCAUCUUACUUGCUCACGAGAGAGACUCCCUGCAACUUAAUGAUUCCUCGGUGAUUAUCAGCGCCAUCAAGACAUACCUCGUUUCAGGGAGGAAGAGCCUGGAGGAGAUCAUCACGUAUUACCCGCCGAUGAAGACUGUGAAUGACCGGGGCAAGGAGGUGACCGAGUAUGGAAACAAGUACUGGCUCAUGCUGGAUGAGAAGGAGAACAAGCACGUCUAUUCUGGGAAGGAAGCCCGUGUGGAGGAGAUGAAGUGGCGCAAAUGGGCGGAUGACUGGCUAGUCCACCUGAUUUCCCCCAACGUGUACCGCACGCCCGGCGAGGCCCUGGCGUCCUUCAACUACAUUGUUCACGAGGGCAAAUUUGGACCGGUGGAGGGGGCCUUCGCCAAGUACAUCGGGGCUGCUGCCAUGUUCUUCAUCAGCAAGAGACUCAAGAGCAGGCACCACCUCCAGGAUGACGUCCGGGCAGAUCUGUACCAGGCAGCCGACGAGUGGGUGGCAGCAGUGGGGAAAGAUCGGCUCUUCAUGGGGGGGAAAGAGCCCAACCUGGCCGACCUGGCGGUGUACGGUGUCCUGCGAGUGAUGGAGGGCCUGGAGGCCUUUGACGAUAUGAUGCGCCACACCCAGAUCCAGCCCUGGUACCAGCGGGUGGAGCAAGCCAUCGAAUCCGCACCCAAGACCUACUGAUGGCCCCCAUGGUGGCCAGACUGGCAGGGAGAGGGUAGGGUCUGCCCUGGCUCUGGGGAAGCCGAGAUAGAACGGUAUUGGGAGUGGGGAGAGGAGCCAGCAGGCCAGAAAGGGCAGAGGGAACAAGGAGGAGAAGAGAGGCUGCCUCCCCUGCAUCUGCCUUUCACCUUCCUUCCAUCUUCCCUCUCGGUUUCCUACCUCCACCCCAAGUCCAUUAAGUUCUCAAACGCAUUUAGGUCCAAGACCGAUCGCUUUUCACUCAGCGGUUGCCGCGAGGGCAGAGCUUGGUUCUGUCUUGUACCCAAAACGGCCGGCUGGGGCUGCAGCCAGCCUCUCUCUCCCUGCGGCAGCUGACCUGCCUAGGGGCUGAGGAAAUCUGGGCCGCCUGGAGCCGAGCUAUUUAUUCCUGGCAAGGCUGAGCAGCGGCAGGCUGGAGCAAGGCCUCAGGCCGAAAAGGAGCAGGCGAUGCUCUGCCUGAGCUGAUGUGCUGGGGUUGGGUGACCAUAGGGACUGUGGAGGCGGCGGAGACUUUACUGUGGGGGGAGGUGAAGCCCCAGCUGGUCCUCACCCAGCGCUGCUGCUGGGAACAGUGGGACAUAGUCUAGGGGCAGCCCCUUUCUUUGUGGUGUGGGGCUUCCCGGCCUUGACAUCCUGACACUUUCUCUGGUGACUCUCUUCCACCUGAGACGGUGGCGGGAAGGGGCCGGCCCAGAUUUCACCAACUCGGGCAGACCAUCCCACCCUGCCAGUUGAGCAGUUGGCAAUAAAGAAACGGUUUGCUGCUA